AUAAUCCAACUACUGAAGAUCAAGAUAAUACUUUUUCUACAAUUGAUACAAUUGAUAGAGAAGAAAGCUUGUAUAAUAGUUCAACUGGAAAUUUAAUUGCACAUUUGCAAGAUGUUCGCUCUAUUAUUAAUGAUGAUGUUGAAAGUAGAACUUCUAAAAAG